UAAAUGGCCAGAGAACAACAAGUUCACAUACGGUUACGGGCGUAUCGAGACAUUAUCUGGGUUUGCUAAUGGAAUAUUUCUCGUUCUGGUUUCGAUAUUUAUUGUGUUUGAAGCUAUCGGCCGUUUAUUAGAACCGCCAGAAAUGAACACCGACAAAUUACUGUUGGUGAGCUUUGUGGGGCUCAUUGUGAAUCUUAUUGUUCCGCGUGCCAAGUUUAAUCCUCGAUGCAUGACUUUAGGAAUUUACCUGCACAUAUUAGCAGACACGCUUGGAUCGGUUGGAGUUAUAGUGUCUACAAUCUUAAUUCAGAAAUUUGGUUGGACGGGAUUUGAUCCAUUGGCAUCAUUAUUAAUCGCUGGAUUAAUAUUUGCGAGUGUCCUGCCCCUAAUAAAACACUCCGCUUCCGUUUUAAUGCUUUCAGUAACUGGUGACCUCGAGCGGAAUAUUUCCGAAGGCUUACAUGAGUUAUUGCAUAUUCCUAAUAUAAAUUCAUACACAAUGCCACGAUUCUGGCUUAAUGAUGCUGAAUGUAUAAUUGGUAGUAUACAUGUUCAAACAACAAAUGAGGCGAAUGAGCAAGCAACCAUAUCGGAAGUCACCAAAAUAUUAAAAUCCCAUAUCAAUGGUUUGGAGGAAUUAACUGUGCAAGUAGAAAAAACUGGCGGAUUUCAAGGAUGUUUUUGUAAUAGUAUCAACUCUAAUGUUGAUAGGAGGUACUGUGUAGGAAUUAAACAUAACAUAGAGGUACAUAAUAAAAGGAAAAAUUAUUAG